GCGGUGGAGAUGGGGCGCAUUGAUUGGUUGCUCGGUUAACCGAUUCCCCAUGUUGGAGUCUUCAGCUGCAGUUGCACCUCCACUUCUCAUCGUGAUGAACAACCGUCGAAUGAUACGGUCGGCUCGUGUGCAAGAUGUCCACCAAAGAUGUCGAAUUGUCCUCUUCGGAAAAGAAACGCAUACGCGACAGACGCGCCCAGAAGGUCAUGCGCGACAAGAGAGAGUCGCACAUCAAAGCGUUGGAGAAUCGCGUCGCAUUCUGCGAGCGACAUCACCCACCAGAGGGGUAUGCGCAUCUCACGGCAACGAUCGAUAGGCUACGCCAAGAAAAUGAAAUACUCCGGAGUCGACAGAACCAGCUCCAACAAGUCUUCCUGUCGUGGGGAACCGACUACAAGCCACCCACACCCUCAGCCUCGUCCACCCCGGCUACGGACCCCACUAUCUCUCAGGACUCCCUGUUCACGUAUCAGCCGGGGAGCGAAUUAGGGGCAGCAUACACGAUUCCUUUCCCCGGUGGGGCGUCUUUCCUGCCGAAGAAUCUCGCAGUAACGACAUCUCGACUCCCCAACACGCAGCCUCGGGAUGUCGAACAAUCAGAUAUAACGAUCGGGGCUUCACCCCCGACUACUACGGCCCAGUCCAUCCACCUACCCACCCUACCGCACCUAACCUCCUCGCAGCCCGUCCCAAACAGCGUCCCAACAUGGUGCCUAACGCCGAUGAACGAAUACGGCCACAACGCCUCCCUCAUCCCCGCCACGGUGCCGUGGCUUGCGCACCCCGAACUGAUCGCAGCGUGUCCACUCGCACCAUCACCCCUAGAUCUCCUGCACGGAACACGGCGCAAUUUUUUAGCAGACCAGAUCCAUAGCAGUCUCCGACGACACCGACUCCGAGAUCCAGAGUACCUAGCAUCCGGCUGGAUGCUAUACACCUACAGCAAAUGGCGCGUCUCGCCCGGCCCAGCCACCUUUGAGCGCCUACCCAUCUGCCUCCGCCCCGUGAUGGCCCAAAUCCAGAAGGGUCAUCCCAGCGCGCUGGACUUCAUCAAGUGGCCGCAGAUGCGGAUCAACAUGAUCGAGAACUGGACCAAAUACGACCUGGUCGAAUUGAUAGGGUACUUGUCGUGCUGCGUCAAGCUGCGGUGGGGGUGGGGUGAAGACAUCCUGGAGCGCGACAGCCAAGACAACUUGCACAUGCGACGGGAGUAUUAUGAGACUUUUACGCGCGAGAGCGGAUGGGGGUUGACGUCAGAGUUCAUCGACAAGUACCCUGAGCUGCUGGAGGGGAUGGAUGUCGAGGCCAUGCGCUUCCAUAUAGAUUUGAUAUAGAUGCUGGUCAUCUGAGUACAAUCAUUCUACAGACUGGAAGGUAGCAAAGCUUGUCGGCCCUACAAUAUCCGUGAUUCCGGUAUUCCACUGGAGGGGGAUUGUCCGGCUAGCUAGGGCAGCCCCGAAUGGCGCCAGGAACAGCCACGACCGAGUCAUUACUAUAUCGAAGUCUACUGGACUUGGUUUUGGCGUCGUGUGAACAACAUAUCUUUCCUUACAUGCAACGGGUAGGUCCGCCGAGUUCCUUACAGGCGGCCGCCGUGGCG